AUGGCAGAAUCAUCGACAGCUGAUUAUAUAUUUAAAAUAGUUUUAACUGGUGAUUCCGGUGUUGGAAAAUCCAAUUUAUUAUCACGUUUUACACGAAAUGAAUUUUCACUUGAAAGUCGUUCAACAAUCGGUGUAGAAUUUUCCACAAAAGAAGUACAAGUCGAUGGAAAAACUAUUAAAGUACAAAUAUGGGAUACUGCUGGUCAAGAACGUUUCAUGGCAAUUACGAAAGCUUAUUAUCGUAAUGCCUUAGGUGCUCUUGUUGUUUUUGAUAUUCUUAAAGCAUCAACAUUCCAAAAUCUUGAUCAAUGGUAUAAUGAAGUACGAGCUAAUGCUGGUAUUGAUUGUUCAAUUAUUUUACUAGGAAAUAAAUUAGAUCAACGACAUAUACGUGCUGUUCUUCAUGAUGAUGCUAAACGUUAUGCUGAUGAAAGAAAUAUUCAAUAUGUUGAAACAUCAGCAUUAGAUUCAACAAAUGUUGAACAAGCAUUUCGAACACUUAUUGCAGAUAUAUAUCGUCAUUGGGCAGCUCGUAUGGAUUCAAUGAAACAAGAAUCUAAUACACUCUCACAACAACAUAUUCCCCAAACAAUUAAACCAGGAUAUUCAUCAACAACAUCAAAUCCAGCAGCUGCAAAUAAUUCAUGUUGUACUCGUGAAUUGAAUAAUCUAACUUCUUCUCCUGAACUGUUAGAUCAUCCAUCAAUUAAUAAUUCGAAUGAUGCUUCUAUUAAUCAAUGGAAUGAAUUACGUACACCUGUAUUAGCAAAUUAUCCGGAUUUAAUUGAUGCUGCAGAAGCACGUCGAAUUCAUACGGAAUCAUAUCCUCGAAAUAAAGAUCAUCCAUUAUUAUCCGAUGAUAUUAUUAGAUUAAUUAAGAAAGGUUUCGGUGAAUCUGAUCCAUAUCCAACUAAGAAUAAUCUUGGACGAAUAUGGUUUUUUCUUGAAUAUAAUCCAUAUUUAAGACAAUUAUAUUUAACAAUUAUUAAAGCACGUUGUCUUCGUUCGAUGACAAAUUGUGAACCAACAACAUUUGUUCGAGCAGAAAUCUUACCGAAAUUAAAUCUUUCAUUUUCAACAGAUAUUAUUAAAGAAAAUUCUAAUCCAGAUUAUAUGGCAGAAACAUUAUUUAAUAUAAAUCUUUCUGAAUUUUCAUACAAUAUACUUAAAUUAACUGUACAUGAAGUUGAUAAAGAUGUUUUUCAUACACCUAUUGGUACUACAUAUUAUCCUCUUGAUCAUUUACUUAUUGCACAACGUGCAAAAGGACAUGCUGUAUGGAGAAAUUUGUUUCCUGAAUAUGGUGAUCCAUCAGCUAUUGGUCUUAUUCAAAUUCGUGCUACUGUUUUUUAUGAUGCUAAAAACGAUUGUUUAAAUAUUUAUGUUCAUUCAUUACGUGCAACAGGUGUUGCUAAACAAGCUUAUCAAGUUUAUGUACAUGCAUCAGUUGCUAUACAUGAUUCUCCUAUUAUACCUCAAGAACAUAUAGAAUCUUCUCAUAGUAAAUAUGGACCAAUUGUUUCUUUGGAACAAUAUAAUGAUACAAUUUAUGAUCAAUUAUUUCGAUUUACUGUUUAUAAACAUGAAUUUAAUGAAAUGACUGUUGUUUUAGAUGUAUAUCGUCGUUCAUUAGGUGAAGAAUUUUUUAAUGAUAUUCUUCUUGGACGUACUGUAGUUGUUUCACCAGAAAUGUUAACAAAAAAUUUAAAUACUGAAAUACAAUCACCAUCAAAUAUAACAGAAGAAUCUCCAUUAAAUCCAGAUAAUGAAAAAAAAAUUGAACAGAAGAAAAAAAAGAGAAAACAUAAAAAAAGAAAUAUAUCGAUUAAAUAUAAUAAAUGA